GCGAUUUUUGGCUGAGGUGGUGAGGUAUUUUGUAGAAUCGAAACGGUCUGGGCAAUCCUCUAUUUCUCUUUCUCCAGGUGAUUUCUUUUCCGUUUUUUUGGGGUUAUGAAAUCUGAAAUUUCUCCUUGGGACUGAGGAGUGAGGGAGUUCGGACAGGGGAAAGAAGGAAAAGAAAACGGUCAGUGGCAUUUCAGUAGUUUCAAUAGAAAUCUAUGACCAAUUUGAACGUAACAAAUGGAACUAUAAGUGUGAAGUAAGACGACCGACCGACAGACCAUAUUUCUUUCAUCCGCUCCGAUCUCUGGCCGAAGAGUUUAGUUUUGCUGCAAUGGCUGUUGUUACGUGGUUUCUUGUUGUUGCUCUUCUUUUUGUAUCUGCUUCCGCCGAUGGUAAGAACAACCCAGCCGAUGAACUUGUGUCCAUUCUCAAUAGCAACAGAACUGCACACAAGUCAACUGCACUUUUUGACAAUCCGGGCCUUGGAUGCAUUGCUUUGCAAUACAUAAAAGCAUACCAAGGAAGAUGUGACGAUGUAGGAGGCUCUGACGCCAAAAAGCCUGCUGAUGCUGAAUUUGCAGAGACAUUUGCACCCAACUGUGGGGUCCAAGCAUCAACACUUGGCCCCAUCACAGGCCGUUUACUUGGAUGCCAGUCUAAAUAUGUUGGUGCUUCUGAGGCCUUCUCAGGUCUUCUGAUUCACAACAGCAAGAGUUUGGAAAUAUUGUAUAGUAGCAAUCACACAGAAGUAGGGGCUGCUGUAAGUGGAACUGAUGGUGGAGCCCCGUAUUUCUGGUGUGUGCUUUUUAGCAAUGGAAAACGUAACAGUAGCUUUGUUUUGGAUGGUGGUGUGGCUAAGACACAACGACCUGGAUGCUUUAGUGGCACCAAUGAUGAUUGCAGUAGCGCUUAUAUGUCUCAGGGCCCCCUGUGGUCCACUGUUGUAGGGAUUUUGAUUGCAGUAGCGUAUGCCCUUGGUUUUUGACCCUCCUUCGCCUUGUAAUUCAUUUGCUUUGCCUGAUUGCCGUCCUUUUAAAUUUACAUCACUUGUCUCUGUAAUUCUUUCUUUCUUUUUGUCAUUGAGUGUGAAAAAUACACGAAUUAUACAAUUUUCUUGUAAUUGCCCUUCAUUUUUGACUUUUCAUAAUCCUUUCUCUAUUCUAGUUGAACUUGAA